UAAUUUAGAGCGAAGAUUAAGGGCAGUUCCCCUAAUAUAAGGAAAUUGUACUUUCCCCUUCCCCUUCCCCUUCCCCUUCCCCUCCUUUUAUUCUUCGGCAUUUCUUUCGGAAUGAACAGAUAAAAGGGAAAAGGAAGAACAAGAAAGAGAAGAAAAAAUCAGCGGCUGAAAAAUCAAAGAGGGUUUAUAAGAACAACAUCCACAACAAUAUCAAACACUGAAUCUGAGAUUUCGAAGAACACACAAAAAAAAUGAAGAAGUGUGAGCUUUGUGGGCAUCAAGCCAGGAUGUUCUGCGAGUCCGAUCAAGCUAACCUGUGUUGGGACUGCGAUGAGAAGGUUCACUGUGCUAAUUUUCUCGUUGCUAAACAUUCUCGGAGCCUUCUUUGUCAUGUAUGCCAGUCGCCGACUCCUUGGGCCGCCUCUGGUCGCAAACUUACACCCACGGUUUCUGUGUGUGAGGGAUGUGUUGAAGUCCAUGAUGGUAAAUGCGAGCAGGACCGUCGUAGAGACAACGAGGUAGAAGUUGAUGAUGGUGAUGAUUUUGUCGAUGCUGAAGGUUUCGAUAGUUAUGAGGGAGGUGAUAGUCAGGAAGACGAUGAUGGGGAAGAUGAUGACGAUGAGGAAGAAGAUGAUGAGGACGGAGAAAACCAGGUGGUGCCCUGGUCCUAUGCAUCUUCUUCAUCACCACCACCGCCCCCGACAGUGACUUCUAGCAGCGAGGGUGAGAUUUCAGCCGGCGCUGGUGUCGCCUCGAAGCGGAUGAGAGAAUACGGCGUCGAUCUCGAUUCCGAUGACGAAAUCGAGUCGUGUUCUGCACCACAGAGUACAAGGCCAUUUUUCAAUGACGAAGCAACUUCGUCAAGUUCCCUUAGGCCACUGAAGCAAGCAAGAGUUGCAGGACCGAUCCAAUCAACCACAUCCACUCCAGAUGAUGAAGCUUGUAAAGCCGAGUUAAAAUCCACGGCUGUCGUUAGAUCUAUCCAGAGACUCCAGAAUCGUCUUCCCACAGACAUUAACGAUGCUUCCAAAAUGAUCUUUGGGAUAUGCAAAAUGAGCAGAGAUCAGAAUCGUUGAUUCUUCACUAACCACACAAAUGGAAGGUAGCUAGGGUUCUUGAUUAUUUUUUCUUUUUUUCCUUUUGGGGUUUAAUUUUUCUCACUAAUUGUCUGUCAUGAUCAAUUAAUUCAAGGAUUAUACCUAUUAUCUCAACCGUGUACAACCUAGAAUUUCCCCCCUCUAUUUUCCAUUAGAUCAUCUUGUCAUCAUUUGUGAAGCCUGUCAUGUGUAGCCAGAUAUUAAUUUACAUUCUAUUAACAGAUUUCUCUCUACA